AAAGAAAAAGUAAAACAAAAACAAAAACGAAGAGAUAAACAAACAAUGGAUGCUUUCUGUCGUCGUCGCUCAACGCUUUACCAAACUCACCACCACCCGUUUAUCUUCCAAUUUGCUCCGCUUACUUCAACCUCCCCUUUGCUGUUAUCAUCCUCUCUUCAGGAAAUGGAAUGCGUUGAAGCAGCUUUGAAGAGCAGUUUUAGAAAGGAGAUGGGUAUGAAAUCAAGUCCCCAAGCGUUUUUGGAUGAUAUUUUGGUCGUAAAUAAUGGAGGAAAUGGAGUUUCUUGUGAUGAUUUCUCUGUCGACGACCUUUUUGACUUCAGUAACGAAGACGGGUUCCUCGAACAACAUCACGAACCUGAAGAAGAAGGAAAAGAAGUACCAGUUUCUUCUUCUUCUUCUUCGCAUAAGCGACAAAAGCUAAGCCAAGAGCAACAUUUUUCCGACGAAACUACCAAUUUUGAUUACACUUCUUUAUCCACCGACGAGCUCGCCGUUCCGGCGGAUGACGUGGCAAGCCUUGAAUGGCUGUCUCAUUUCGUUGAGGAUUCCUUCUCGGAACACUCUGCGGCGGCGUAUCCCACCGGAACGUUAACGGAAAAACCAAAGUUGCCGGACAACGAAUUGCCCGAACCGGAAACCCCAGUUACAACGUGUUUCAAAACUCUUGUUCCGGGCAAAGCCAGGAGCAAGCGCAGUCGAACCGGCGGUGUUUGGUCCCUUGCCGCUUCCCCUUCUCUUACAGAAUCCUGUUCAAGUUCCACAUCGUCAUCUUCCUCCUCCAGCCUUUCAGCUUCAAGCCCUUGGAUCGUUUACUCAAGCAGCGUCCCCGGUUCAGCCUUCGAGCCGUCUGAGUCGCUCUCGGUGGAGAAAAAGCGUAAGAAGAGACCGGCGACCGAGUCAAACGUCGGGAAUGUGACUCAGCCAACGCGUAGGUGCAGUCAUUGCGGAGUCACAAAGACGCCACAAUGGAGAGCUGGUCCAAUGGGAGCAAAGACUUUGUGUAACGCUUGCGGUGUCAGGUUCAAGUCGGGUCGGCUUUUACCCGAGUAUAGACCGGCUUGUAGCCCCACGUUCUCGAGCGAGUUACACUCGAACCAUCAUCGGAAAGUGUUGGAGAUGCGACGCCAGAAUGAAGGUUCAGGUCCGGCCGAACCCGGCUUAGCCCUGACUUCCGUUCCCAGUUUUGGUUAACAUUAAAGUAGAGUGCUAGAGUUAGUUUAAGUUCGAGCUGUAAAUCAAUUGCACUAGUAUUGUAGGGACGUAACUCAUUUAGAUUUUAGGUAGGAUUUUAAAUUUUGAAUUGUACCCUUCUUUUAAUAUAAUUCUUCCAUUCUUUUCCCCCAAAAGUAAUUUUUCUUUUUAAUUU